AUGCCCUCAACACUCAACCCCUUCGCCCGCUCCGCCAGCAAGCCACCGCCCAGAAUCCCAGCAACCUGCCUCGACAAAGUCGACUUACGCCCCAAAUACCACAACGCCUUGACACAAUCCUCACACCGAUCCAACGCCUCCGCCACAACCUCAUCCCCAACACCUAACCCACCACCACCACCCGCCUCCUCAAGCAACAACGUCCCCGCCAUUGCAAACGACCGAAUCAACACCAUAGUCCACGGCUCCGUAAGCAAAGCCCCCUCCUUCACGGCCGGAUGA